UCUGUUGUGUCUGUUGAGCAUGCUUCUCGUCAUGUGUCUGGACAGAAUGCUCCUGCUGUGUACUGUGAUCUUUGGCUUCUGGAAGGACACCUAUGCUGUGUCCCCAGUGCCCUCUGUCCCAAACUAUGUCCCUGCCUUGGCAGGCUCCUGCGUGGUCAUCCCCUGCUCCUUCACUCCUCCAGCCUCUCACUCCAUGGGGAAGGUGGUGGGCGUGAGGCUGCGCUACAGGAAUGGUCACAUCUUCCUCCUGCGGAGUACAGCUUUCAGUUCGGAUGACAAAUCCACGGUCAGCAAGGAGUUCCAGGGCCGGACAUCCCUCUGGGGAAACACGGACGAUGGAGACUGCUCUGUAAUGAUUGACAGGGUCCACCUGGCUGACUCCAAUGUCUAUCAGCUGGCGCUAAAGGGCCAUGGACAGAAAGACUGGGGGAAGGAGAGGAGUGUCAACAUCAUUGUGUCAGAGUCCCCAGAGCUCCCAGUGAUCAGUGGUGUGAGGGCAGCUACAGAAGGACAGAUGGUGUCACUAAACUGCAGCAUCAGUUACUCCUGUCCCUCCCAGGCCCCCACCCUCCAGUGGCGGUGGGAGAGAGGAGCUCAGGAGAACAGCAGCGAGUACGGGGAGCCUCAUGUACUCCAGCCCCAGGGUCAGGGGCCUACACUACAGACCUCUCUCACCUUUAUCGCAUCGUAUCGCAUCAAACCCAGAAUGAGGUGUGAGGCAGUAUAUCCAGGAGGAAGAAGAGUAUACACCGUAAAGGAGCUCCAUGUGACAUUCCCUCCAAAAGAUGUCACAGUCCAGGUCCAUACCUUGACUGUCCAGGAGGGGUUGAACGUGUUACUGGCCUGCUCCUGUAAAGCUGACCCGCCUGUGACAGAGUACAGGUGGUCAUACACCCAACAUGGGCUAACUGUAGACCUUCACCAGCGCACAUUUACGGUCCGGGUGUACAAUGUGACCCGAGACAUGAGGGUCCGCUGCACAGCCCAGAACCUAAUUGGACGGGCAGAGUCCAGAUUGACUUCCUUAAACAUUCAAUACAAGCCUGUCAUCCUCCAUCUCUCCUCCUACUGUGUUGUGGAAAGGUUGGAGGUUCUGUGUCGCUGUUCUGUAGACUCCAACCCCCGGCCUGCCGUCACCUGGAGUGUCAACGGUAGUGUUCCACCAUACAGAUACAACACAUCAGUGGGCUCAGAGAAUGGUACACUAACAGCCACGCUGAAGGGCCACAUGGACACUCCACUGAGGGUAGUCUGCUUCGCCAUCAAUGCACUGGGCAAUGACUCCCACACACUGCUUCAGGCAGAGGAUGGUUCUCUGCUGUGGAAAGUGAUACCUGCAGUAUGCAUCUCUUUGGCCACCUUCCUCCUCUCUCUACUCCUUCUGUUCUGCUGUCGAAAGAGGUCAGGAAAACGUGUGCUGACCUGCAGACCUCCGGUGUAUCCUGGGGACAUGGGGAUCUACCAGGAUCGGAUGCCCCUCUACAUCAACUGCACUGAGGUCACCAACAUCUACAACAAUGGCAGUUACCAGCUGGUUUACCAAAACUGCACCCCUCUUUUCGUCCAGACCAAACAGACACAUCCGAUGGGGAGGCGAGAUGGGGGGAGACGAGGUGGAGAGAGAAGAAGAGGUGAGAGACGAGGAGGGGAGAGAAGAGGAGGAGAGAGUCAAGGGGGAACGGUGGACAGAGGAACAAGAGACAGACAAAGCCCUGCCUCCAAUGACAAUAACACUGAAACAGCUAUCUACCUGGAGAUCAUCUGAAUUCAUCUCUCAGUGAGGUAUGUCAUGGAUAGCUCUGGUCCAGAUCGUUAGCACUAACGGCUUGGACUAGAGUUAUGUCAUGGAGUGGAAGAAAGCUCUUGCAGUGUAUAACAAUACAAGCACGAACGUACUGCUUGACUGAUGAAGAUAAUGACACAAUGAUAUCAUUUCCAUUUGAUAUCAUUUUGCAUGAUUAUACAUACUGUUAUGCAAAAUUAUACAAAAUGGGUUAAGUGGCACAUUAAGAUGAUCCUUCUCUCCUUUAAAAUGAUAUAUACAGUUGAAGUCAGAAGUUGACAUACACCUUUGCCAAAAACAUUUAAACUCAGUUUUUCAAUAUUCCUGACUUUUAAUCCUAGUAAAAAUUCCCUGUCUUAGGUCAGUUAGGAUCACCACUUUACUUUAAGAAUGUGAAAUCUCAGAAUAAUAGUAGAAAGAAUGAUUUAUUUCAGCUUUUAUUUCUUUCAUCACAUUCCCGGUGGGUCAGAAGUUUACAUACACUCAAUUAGUAUUUGGUAGCAUUGCCUUUAAAUAGUUUAACUUGGUUCAAACAUUUUGGGUCGCCUUCCACAAGCUUCCCACAAUAAGUUGGGUGAAUUUUGGUCCAUUCCUGCUGACAGAGCUGGUGUAACUGAGUCAGGUUUGUGUGGCUCCUUGCUCUCACACGCUUUUUCAGUUCUGCCCACACAUUUUCUAUUGGAUUGAGUUCAGGCUUUGUGAUGGCCACUCCAAUACCUUGACUUUGUUGUCCUUAAGCCAUUUUGCCACCACUUUGGAAGUAUGCUUGGGUUCAUUGUCCAUUUGGAAGACCCAUUUGCGACCAAGCUUUAACAUACUGACUGGUGUCUUGAUAUGUUGCUUCAAUAUAUCCACAUAAUUUUCCACCCUCAUGAUGCCAUCUAUUUUGUGAAGUGCACCAGUCCCUCCUGCAGCAAAGCACCCCCACAACAUGAUUCAGCCACCCCGUGCUUCACGGUUGGGAUGGUGGUCUUCGGCUUGCAAGCCUCCCCCUUUUUCAUCCAAACAUAACAAUGGUCAUUAUGGCCAAACAGUUCUAUUUUUGUUUCAUCAGACCAGAGGAAAUUUUUCCAAAAAAUGAUGAUCUUUGCCCCUGUGUGCAGUUGCAAACCGUAGUCUGGCUUUUUUUAAUGGCGAUUUUGGAGCAGUGGCUCCUUCCUUUCUGAGCGGACCUAUCAGGUUUAUGUCAAUAUAGGACUUAUUUUACUGUGGAUAUAGAUACUUUUGUACCUUUUUCCUCCAGCAUCUUCACAAGGUCCUUUGCUGUUGUUCUGGGAUUGAUUUGCACUUUUCGCACCAAAGUACGUUCAUCUCUAGGAGACAGAACACGUCUCCUUCCUGAGCGGUAUGACGGCUGUGUGGUCCCAUGGUUGUUUAUACUUGCGUACUAUUGUUUGUACAGAUGUUCCCAAGGAUGAACCAGACUUGUGGAGGUCUACAAUUUGUUUUCUGAGGUAUUGGCUGAUUUCUUUCGAUUUUCCAAUGAUGUCAAGCAAAGAGGCACUGAGUUUGAAGGUAGGCCUUGAAAUACAUCCACAGGUACACCUCCAAUUGACUAAAAUUAUGUCAAUUAGCCUAUCAGAACUUCUAAAGCCAUGACAUAAUUUUCAGGAAUUUUCCACCAAGCUGUUUAAAGGCACAGUCAACUUAGUGUAUGUAAACUUCUGACCCACUGGAAUUGUGAUAAUGUGAAUUAUAAGUUAAUUUUUUUUAAAUUACUUGUGUCAUGCACAAAGUACAGUAGGGCAAAAAAGUAUUUAGUCAGCCAUCAAUUGUGCAAGUUCUCCCACUUAAAAAGAUGAGAGAGGCCUGUAAUUUUCAUCAUAGGAAUACUUCAACUAUGACAGACAAAAGGAGAAAAAAAAUCCAGAAAAUCACAUUGUAGGAUUUUUAAUGAAUUUAUUUGCAAAUUAUGGUGGAAAAUCAGUAUUUGGUCAAUAACAAAAGUUUAUCUCAAUACUUUGUUAUAAAUACCCUUUGUUGGCAAUGACAGAGGUCAAACAUUUUCUGUAAGUCUUCACAAGGUUUUCACACACUGUUGCUGGUAUUUUGGCCCAUUCCUCCAUGCAGAUCUCCUCUAGAGCAGUGAUGUUUUGAGGCUGUUGCUGGGCAACACAGACUUUCAACUCCCUCCAAAGAUUUUCUAUGGGGUUGAGAUCUGGAGACUGGCUAAGCCACUCCAGGACCUUGAAAUGCUUCUUACGAAGCCACUCCUUUGUUUCCCGGGCGGUGUGUUUGGGAUCAUUAUCAUGCUGAAAGACCCCGCCACGUUUCAUCUUCAAUGCCCUUGCUGAUGGAAGGAGGUUUUCACUCAAAAUCUCAUGAUACAUGGCCCCAUUCAUUCUUUCCUUUAAACGGAUCAGUCGUCCUGGUCCCUUUGCAGAAAACAGCCCCAAAGCAUGAUGUUUCCACCCCCAUGCUUCACAGUAGGUAUGGUGUUCUUUGGAUGCAACUCAGCAUUAUUUUGUUACUUUGUUACUUUUGUCCCAGCUUUCUGCAGGUCAUUCACUAGGUCCUCCCGUGUGGUUCUGGGAUUUUUGCUCACCGUUCUUGUGAUCAUUUUGACCCCACGGGGUGAGAUCGUGCGUGGAGCCCCAGAUCGAGGGAGAUUAUCAGUGGUCUUGUAUGUCUUCCAUUUCCUAAUAAUUGUCCCCACAGUUGAUUUCUUCAAACCAAGCUGCUUACCUAUUGCAGAUUCAGACUUCCCAGCCUGGUGCAGGUCUACGAUUUUGUUUCUGGUGUCCUUUGACAGCUCUUUGGUCUUGGCCAUAGUGGAGUUUGGAGUGUCACUGUUUGAGGUUGUGGACAGGUGUCUUUUAUACUGAUAACAAGUUCAAACAGGUGCCAUUAAUACAGGUAACGAGUGGAGGACAGAGGAGCCUCUGAAAGAAGAAGUUACAGGUCUGUGAGAGCCAGAAAUCUCGCAUGUUUGUAGGUGACCAAAUACUUAUUUUCCACCAUAAUUUGCAAAUAAAAUCAUUAAAAAUCCUACAAUGUGAUUUUCUGGAUUUUUUUUCACAUUUUGCCUGUCAUAGUUGAAGUGUACCUAUGAUGAAAAUUACAGGCCUCUCUCACCUUUUUAAGUGGGAGAACUUGCGCAAUUGGUGGCUGACUAAAUACUUUUUUGCCCCACUGUAGAUGUCCUAACCAACUUGCCAAAACUGUAGUUUGUUAACAAGACAUUUGUAGAGUGGUUGAAAAACAAGUUUUAAUGACUCCAACCUAAUUGUAUGUAAACUUCCGACUUCAACUGUAUACACACUACCGUUCAAAAGUUUGGGGUCACUUAGAAAUGUCCUUGUUUUUGAAAGUAAAGCACAUUUUUUGUCCAUUGAAAUAACAUCACAUUGGUCAAAAAUACAGUGUAGACAUUAAUGUUAAUGUUGAAAAUGACUAUUGUCGACUGAAAUGGCAGAUUAUUCAUGGAAUAUCUACAUAGGCGUGCAGAGGCCCAUUAUCAGCAACCAUCACUCCUGUGUCCUAAUGGAACGUUUUGUUAGCUAAUCCAAGUUUAUAAUUUUAAAAGGCUACUUGAUCAUUAGAAAACCCCUUUGCAAUUAUGUUAUCACAGCUGAAAGCUGUUGUUCUGUUUAAAGAAGCAAUAAAACUGUUCUUCUUUAGACUAGUUGUGUAUCUGGAGCAUCCGCAUUUGUGGGUUACAGGCUCAAAAUUGCCAGAAACACAGAUUUUCUUCUGAAGCUUGUUAGUCUAUUCUUGUUCUGAGAAAUUAAUGCUUUCCAUUUUUUAUUUUUUUUUAUUUUUAUUUCACCUUUAUUUAACCAGGUAGGCAAGUUGAGAACAAGUUCUCAUUUACAAUUGCGACCUGGCCAAGAUAAAGCAAAGCAGUUCGACAGAUACAACAACACAUAGUUACACAUGGAGUAAAACAAAGAUACAGUCAAUAAUACAGUAUAAACAAGUCUAUAUACAAUGUGAGCAAAUGAGGUGAGAAGGGAGGUAAAGGCAAAAAAGGCCAUGGUGGCAAAGUAAAUACAAUAUAGCAAGUAAAACACUGGAAUGGUAGUUUUGCAAUGGAAGAAUGUGAAGUAGAAAUAAAAAUAAUGGGGUGCAAAGGAGAAAAAUUAAUUAAUUAAUUAAAUACAGUUGGGAAAGAGGUAGUUGUUUGGGCUAAAUUAUAGGUGGGCUAUGUACAGGUGCAGUAAUCUGUGAGCUGCUCUGACAGUUGGUGCUUAAAGCUAGUGAGGGAGAUAAGUGUUUCCAGUUUCAGAGAUUUUUGUAGUUCGUUCCAGUCAUUGGCAGCAGAGAACUGGAAGGAGAGGCAGCCAAAGAAAGAAUUGGUUUUGGGGGUGACUAGAGAGAUAUACCUGCUGGAGCGUGUGCUACAGGUGGGAGAUGCUAUGGUGACCAGCGAGCUGAGAUAAGGGGGGACUUUACCUAGGCAGGGUCUUGUAGAUGACAUGGAGCCAGUGGGUUUGGCGACGAGUAUGAAGCGAGGGCCAGCCAACGAGAGCGUACAGGUCGCAAUGGUGGGUAGUAUAUGGGGCUUUGGUGACAAAACGGAUUGCACUGUGAUAGACUGCAUCCAAUUUGUUGAGUAGGGUAUUGGAGGCUAUUUUGUAAAUGACAUCGCCAAAGUCGAGGAUUGGUAGGAUGGUCAGUUCAAUGCCUCUUCAAUGUUGACGUUGAGACUGGUGUUUUGCAGGUACUAUUUAAUGAAGCUGCCAGUUGACAACUGGUGAGGCAUCUGUUUCUCAAACUAGACACUCUAAUGUACUUGUCCUCUUGCUCAGUUGUGCACCGGGGCCUCUCACUCCUCUUUCUAUUCUGGUUAGAGCCAAUUUGCACUGUUCCAUGAAGGGAGUAGUACACAGCGUUGUACGAGAUCUUCAGUUUCUUGGCAAUGUCUCACAUGGAAUAGCCUUCAUUUCUCAGAACAAGUAGAGACUGACGAGUUUCAGAAAAAAAGUUAUUUGUUUCUGGACAUUUUGAGCCUGUAAUCGAACCGACAAAUGCCGAUACUCCAGAUACUCAACUAGUCUAAAGAAGGCCAGUUGUAUUGCUUCUUUAAUCCAAACAACAGUUUUCAGCUGUGCUAAAACAAUUGCAAAUGGUUUUCUAAUGAUCAAUUUGCCUUUUAAAAUUAUAUUAUUGGAUUAGCUAACACAACGUGUCAUUGGAACACAGGAGUGAUGGUUGCGAUAAUAGGCCUCUGUACGCCUAUGUAGAUAUUCCAUAAAAAAUCAGUUGUUUCCAGCUACAAUAGUCAUUUACAACAUUAACAAUGUUUACACUGUAUUUCUGAUCAAUUUUCUGUUAUUUUAAUGGACAAAAAAUGUGAUUUUCUUUCAAAAACAAGGACAUUUCUAAAUGACCCCAAACAUUUGAACGGUAGUGUAUAUAUAUAAAUAUAUUUUGUGUACAUAAUUGUAGGCUUAGCAGUCCUUCAUUCAUUAGUGUACAUACAGUGCCUUGCAAAGGUUUUCAUCCCCCUUGGAGUUUUUCCUAUUUUGUUGCAUUACAACCUGUAUUUUAAAUUGAUUUUUAUUUGGAUUUCAUGUAAUGGACAUUCACAAAAUAAUUCGAAUUGGUGAAAUUAAAAAAAUGUAAAUGACUUUUUCAGAAAAGUUGAAAGAAUGAAAAAUGAAAAAGGGGUGUGUGCAUAUGUAUUCACCCCCUUUGCUAUGAAGCCCCUAAAUAAGAUCUGUUGCAACCAAUUACUUUCAGAAGUCACAUAAUUAGUUAAAUAAAGUCCACCUGUGUGCAAUCUAUGUGUCACAUGAUCAGUCACAUGAUCUCAGUAUAUAUACACUUGUUCUGAAAGGCCCCCAGAGUCUAGCCUCGGGGGAUGCCUUGCUUGACCACACCAUCCUUCCUUGCUCCUGGCCUGCCCUGCCUCUUCCACCAAUCCCAAUUGUUUUUUUUAUGGACAGAAAAGAGCAGAGGCUCUGAGCUGUCUGAUCAGGCCCAUUGUCUACUGAGCCCCAGAGUCUGCAACACCACUAAGCAAGGGGCACCACCAAGCAAGCGGCACUAUGAAGACCAAGGAGCUCUCCAAACAGGUCAGGGACAAAGUUGUGGAGAAGUACAGAUUAGGGUUGGGUUAUUAAAAAAAUAUCCAAAACUUUGAACAUCCCACGGAGCAUCAUUCAACCCAUUAUUAAAAAAUUGAAAGAAUAUGGCACCACAACAAACCUGCCAAGAGAGUGCUGUCCACCAAAACUGAGGGACCAGGUCUAGGAGCUGCAGAGCUGCAAAACUCCACAGAGGAGCUUGGAGUAUCUGUCCAUAGGACCACUUUAAGCCGUACACUCCACAGAGCUGGACUUUAUGGAAGAGUGGCCAGAAAAAAAGUUGUUUAAGGGGAAACAUUUAAAUGUCUUGGAAUGUCUUAGUCAAUGUCCAGACAUCAAUCCAAUUGAGAAUCUGUGGAAUGACUUAAAGAUUGCUGUACAUCAGCAGAACCCAUCCAACUUGAAGGAGCUGGAGCAGUUUUGCCUUGAAGAAUGGGCAAAAAUCCCAGUGGCUAGAUUUACCAAGUGUAUAGAGACAUACCCCAAGAGACUUGCAGCUGUCAUUUCUGCAAAAGGUGUCUCUACAAAGUAUUGACUUUUGGGGGGGGGGGGAAUAGUAAUGCACGCAGAAGUUUUCUGUUGUUUUUUUUGUCUUUCUGGUUUGUUUCACAAUAUAAAAAAUAUAUUUUGCAUCUUCAAAGUGGUAGGCAUGUUGUGUAAAUCACAUGAUACGAACCCCCCAAAAUUGUAAGGCAUCCAGGUUGUAAGGCAACAAAAUAGGAAAAAUGCCAAGGUGGUGAAUACUUUCGCAAGCCACUAGUUUGUGGCUGAUGAAGAUAAUGGUCCACACAUGAUAUUCACCUAUUUCAUGCAGUACAUUUAGCAUCAUUACAUGUAUAAUGUCUGUAUAAUGAUAUUCUAGAUGGGAUGAACAUGAUUGUAUGAUGUGAUGAUGAUAAAGGUGUUGGACACACCUCUCUUAUUAAACAAUCACUUUUGCAUGUGUUUUAUAUAAAUGUGCCUCUCUUCACCUCCCAUCCUGACCUUGUACUCAAGAGGAUUGAUGGUUACUGAACCAAAAGCCAUUCUUCACUACAGUAAAAAGCUAUUUCAUAUUCUUCCAUAUGUAUGUUCUGGUUCUAUAUUCAUGUGACAAAAUAAAGCUUUUUUCUGUACUUUUAA